CUAGCGUACAUAUAUUUUGCAAGUGGGGGACCCCUUGGUUUACCCCCUCGGGGUGCCCCCGACGCCGACUCCGUGACCCACCCGACUGCCCCUCGACCGGACGGCUCGGCCUGUCAGACGUCAGAUAUAAAAAGCGAGGGGUCGCCGCGACUGGAGCAUUGCUAGAGAGGACACCGCGCAGCAUGGCCAGAGUGACGGUUGCGUUCCUGGUGCUGGCCGUCGUGGUCCUGCACAUGGCUGCGCCGAGCAGAUCCGAGGCGUUGUCUGAGAGGCUCAUGCGCGUAGCCCGGAGUCCUUACGGUGGCGGUGGUGGCGGCGGGGGCGGCGGCGGUGCUGGCCGUGCCUGUGGCCAGGGACGCUCCAGCGACGGGCAGCGAGGACACUACGGUUCGGGCGGGGCGCCCGGCGGCCCCGGAGGACCCCGAGGCCCCGACGCACCGUGCCCGCCGUGGAUGCAGGGCUGAGGAGCCCCGAAGGAACGUCGGCCGAUUCGGCGCUAGCCUAGUCGGCCUCUACUCCAGCUUGGCCCACUCGUCCUAACUGCUCCACCUGGGCCCACUCGUCCUAGCUACUCCAGCUUGGCCCACUCGUCCUAGCUACUCCAGCUUGGCCCACUCGUCCUAACUACUCCAGCUUGGCCCACUCGUCCAAGCUACUCCACCUGGGCCCACUCGUCCUAACUACUCCAGCUUGGCCCACUCGUCCAAGCUACUCCACCUGGGCCCACUCGUCCUAACUACUCCAGCUUGGCCCACUCGUCCAAGCUACUCCACCUGGGCCCACUCGUCCAAGCUACUCCACCUGGGCCCACUCGUCCUAACUACUCCAGCUUGGCCCACUCGUCCUAGCUACUCCAGCUUAGCCCACUCGUCAGUGUCAAUCAGAUCGUUCGAAUCGGUGAUUGGCCGUUUGCACCACACUACACUCUGAGAAAAAGUCUUCUUUUUUUGCUGUCUUUCUCUUGUUUUUAAGAAGUUCAGUCCAUCGCUUCAGCCAUUUUGUGACUCUUUCCAAAUAUUAGCAGAGUAAAAUGUAUAAUGAAAAAGCUACGUUAAAUAAACAAUAAACUUAACGGUUUUUGUGACUUUUU